AUGUCGACACAAGAAGACAAGGAGCAGCGUCAAGAGAGGCUCCACUUUGCCAAUGUCCUCAAAGCGUUUGAUGACUACCUUCCAUACUGCUUGUCAGCCAACGAUGCACGCCGAAGAUCCUACUUUUCGCUGCCCAGAGCCCACCAAGAGCUUUUGACUGACAUAGGACAACCUCUUCCCCUGCCAGAUCUGUUGGAUGGAUCGUCGUCUGUCAAGCAGAGACAAGGCUUCAAAUCAAGGCUAGAAGAAAUCGAUGAUCGAAUUCGGCGGAAUGCUGAUCUGCUGUCCGCUAUCGCAGACGAAUCGCGCGGCUUCCUCGGCCCAGACGCCUAUGAUGGGCAAGAUCCGGCAGGAGAGUCACAGCCGGCACAAGGCGAGAGCAGUGGCAGUGGCAGCAAGGACAAAGACAGCCAUGCCAACGGCAACAACUCCAAACGCCGAAAGAUCUCGGGACAGCAAGUUGACAAGAUUCAAAGCACACUCAGACAGUUGGUUCGUGACUGGAGUCGUGAAGGCGAGUGGGAACGUUCAGCGGUCUACGAGCCAUUGAUGGAAGCUGUUACGAGUCGAUAUGGCAAAAUAGCCUUUGAUGAGCGUGGUCGGGUGCGCAUUCUGGUUCCAGGUGCAGGGCUUGGCCGUCUUGCUUUUGAGUACGCAGCACAAGGCUACUCAUGUCAAGGCAACGAGUUUAGCUUCUACAUGCUGCUAGCGUCUCACUACAUUCUCAACAAGUCGAGCCAGGUGGAUGUCCACACAAUCUACCCGUUUGUGCACUCGUCAAGCAAUUGGAGGAGAGCUCAAGAUAUGCUGCGAGCCAUUCGGAUCCCUGACGUGCUUCCAUCAACGCUACCGCAAACGAGCGAAUUCAGCAUGGUAGCGGGAGAGUUUUGCGAGGUCUACUCGAAGCCAGAAGAGAAGCGAGCAUGGCACGUGGUAGCGACGUGCUUCUUCAUCGACACGGCCAAGAAUAUACUAGGCUACCUGGAGACGUUCAACCAUGUUCUGCCGAUCGGCGGACAUUGGAUCAACGCAGGACCUCUGUUGUGGCACUUUGAGAACUCUGGCAACUCGAGAAGCGGUUCGGGCGAGAGCCUGAGCAUUGAAUUGACACUCGACGAACUGAUCGAACUACUCCCAAAGAUGGGCUUUGAACUCGAGGAACGUCGGGAGCUAUCUCCAACACCGUACACAGGCAUGCUCAACGGCAUGCUGCAGUAUCACUACCUACCCGAGUUGUUCGUCUGCCGCAAAGUACGAGAUAUUGAGCCAGCACGGGCAGUGUAA